GGGUGUGGUCGUGGGAACAGUGCGGGGAGACGGGCUUGGUCCUGCUGGGCUUCCUGACGCUGGCAAUGUCUGUGGGGAACCUGUCCACCAGGGGCCUGCAGGUGCACAACACACAGGAGGACGGCGUGGCGUCCAACAGUCUUGAGGAGGAGCUGGAGGUGACCACGUACUGGUGGGGGGAGUGGGCCAAGUGGACAGCCUGCACUCGUGCCUGUGGAGGGGGAGUGAUGUCACAGGAAAGACACUGCCUCAAACAGCGAAAGAAAGUUGCUGCAGGGAAAGACAACAUGACCUGCACAGGAACUGCUAAGAAAUAUCAUCUCUGCAACACUAAAGAAUGUCCUGCCACUGGGAGGAGCUUCAGAGAGGAGCAGUGCUGGUCCUUCAACUCACAGCUUUACAAUGGGAGGAACUACCAGUGGAAACCUCUGUAUCCUGACGACUACGUUCACAUCUCCAGUAACCCCUGCGACCUCCACUGCACCACCACCGAUGGCCAGAGGCAGCUGAUGGUGAUGGCACGAGACGGCACUUCCUGCAAGUACAGCAGUUACCGCGGCGUCUGUGUGGACGGUAAGUGUGAGCCAAUCGGAUGUGAUGGAGUACUGUUUUCCUCGAACACCUUGGAUAAGUGUGGAGUCUGUCAGGGGGACGGCAGCAGCUGCAGCAGAGUCACUGGAAACUUCCGCCGCGGGGCCACGACUCUGGGUUACUCUUUUAUCACUCAAAUCCCUGAAGGAUCAUGGGACAUCCAGAUCAUUGAGAGGAAGAAGUCGGCCGAUGUUCUAGCUGUGACCGACCAGGCGGGCAACUUCUUCUUUAAUGGCGCCUACAAGGUGGACACUCCCCAGAACUUUCACGCAGCAGGUGCCGUCUUCAAGUACCGCCGGCCCAUGGAUGUUUAUGAGACCGGGAUCGAGUACAUUGUCGCCAAAGGCCCCAUCGACCAGGCCAUCAAUAUUCUGGUGUGGAACCAGAACGGUCGCACACCGUACAUCACAUACGAAUACACCGUCCUCCGAGACUCCCUGCCACCCGUCCCACCUCCUCCCGUCUACACCGGGUCAGACACCUCAGCCGGAGAGGUUUCUGUGGAGGUAGGGGGGCCGAUGGUCCCUAACAGCAGCAUUUAUGACCAGGUGGCCCCUGAGAGCCAGUUGAAGCCGGGAGAUGGGCAGAAAGGCCAAGAGACCAACGAAGUGUAUGAGGAGACAGCGGCCAUCGACUGCGACCAGGAUGGAGCAGCUGCCCCAAAAUUUACAGAAGGAAACAGCAGCCAUGCAGGCAGCACUGCCAACCCUGCCUCUGCUGGUGGACCCUUGGAUACAGGACCAGACUCCCCAAACCUCAUUUGGAGGGUCCUGCUGGAUGGCCGAAUUGGCCCAGAUGAGCUGCUCAUCAACAUCUCAACCAAUCAGCUUCUGACAGAGGGAGACAGUUUGUUCCCGUCAGAUGUGGGACCAGCGGAGGCGGACCUGAGCAGCCUGGAGCAAGACGGGCUGAUGGGUAUCAACGAGACGCUGGAGUUUACUCUGGGUCGCAAACGCAACGACAGCGGAGACAGUUCCUUCCAGAACAAAACAGUGCAAAGCGCUGGGAGGACCUCCAGCCGCUCCAACAGAACCAGGGGGAAUCAAAGGAUCUACCAGAAGAACCUGAAGCUGAGUGCAGCUGACAUGUACCGCUGGAAACUUUCAUCUCAGGAGCCAUGCAGCAUGACUUGCUCUAUAGGAGUGUCAAAGUCCUUCGUCACAUGUAUUCGUUACGAUGGCAUCGAGGUGCAUGAUAUGUACUGUGAUGCUCUGACCAGACCGGAGCCGGUCCACGACUUCUGUAUUGGGAGAGAAUGUCAGCCCAGAUGGGAGGCAAGCAGCUGGAGCGAAUGCUCGAGGACCUGCGGGGAGGGUUUCCAGUUUCGCCAAGUUCGCUGCUGGAAGAUGCUCUCGCCAGGCCUGGACAGCUCGGUCUACAGCGAUGUCUGCACCAUGGCCGACCUGGAGAGACCCGUGGAGAGAAGACCCUGCAAGAGCCCCGCCUGCGGCCCACAGUGGGAGGUGGCAGAGUGGACCGAGUGUCCUGCAAAAUGUGGCAGCAAAGCCCAGGUGACCCGCGAUGUCCGCUGCUCUGAUGAGACCCAACCCUGUGACCAGAUGACCAAACCACCAAACGUCAAAAACUGCACCGGUCCGCCCUGCGAACGCCAGUGGACUGUGUCAGAGUGGGGGCCUUGCUCGGGGUCGUGCGGCCAGGGGAAGACGGUCCGUCACGUGUACUGUAAGGCUGCGGAGGGUCGCGUGGUCCCUGAGAACCAGUGCUCUACGGAGGACAAGCCGCUGGCCAUCCAUCCCUGCGGGGAGAGAGACUGUGCGCCACACUGGCUGAGCCAAGACUGGGAGAGGUGUAACACAACCUGCGGUCGUGGCGUGAAGCGAAGGCUCGUCCUGUGUGUGGGCAUCAGUGGAGGACAGUUCCAGACCUUCGAUGAUGAGGAGUGUGGAGGCAGUGAGAAGCCAGAGGAGGAAAACACCUGCUUUGAGAGGCCGUGCUUCAAAUGGUACACCACCCCCUGGUCUGAGUGCACUAAGACGUGUGGUGUGGGUGUGAGGAUGAGGGACGUCAAGUGUUACCAGAGCAGGGAGCUGGUCCGAGGCUGUGACCCCCUCACCAAACCGGUGGCCAAACAGACCUGCACUCUGCAGCCCUGCCCCACAGAGCCGCCAGAUGAGAGCUGCCAGGAUCGUCCCUCCACCAACUGCCUGCUGGCGCUGAAGGUGAACCUGUGCAGCCACUGGUACUACAGCAAGGCCUGCUGCCACUCCUGCCGCGCCCUACGGCCCCCAACCUCCUAGUCCAGGACACCACCGCCUCUCCGCACCCCCGACUCAAACUGGCAUGAGGAAACAAAUGGGUACGUUUAUGUACACGUGGUACUGCAGUUACUGUGAACAAUGGGAGGAAAGUCCAGAGCUUCCUCCGAUUACUUGGAUUGACAUGGGUUCAUUUGUCAGUUGGAUAGUUUAAAUGAUCAAAAAUGAAAUCUUGAUGUCAGACAAAAACAUGCUGUCAAUCCUGUUGAUGCUGCAUCAACUGCAAUGUUCACACAUAAAACAAAACAGGUUCAUCAUUGUCUUCAUUCACACAGAACGUGUGUCUGUUUUAUUUGGAAUAAAUAGAGAAUCAAUUGGUCAAAAAGAGGGAAAAUGUUUUUAAUUUUGAAGGGAACGUCUCCCCCAGCUUUACAGAAAGAAUUGUUUUUUUCUUGUCCCGAGAAAUGUUUUUUUCUGACCAUCUCCAAUUUUAUGUCAAGAUCUCAGUGUAACGUCAUUAACUUAUGGAAGAAAAAGUAAAUGAAGGAAGAUGGGGGGGACGGACUUUAUAUUCGGGGAAUAAAUGGGCACGAUGGGAAUUUUUGCAGCCAAAGCAGGACCUAUAUUUACAAAAUAGUUAUUGAAUUUGUUGGCAAUCUCAUUGGGAUCCUCUAUGGUUUUUUAUUAUUAACAUUAAACUUAUUUUGGAGUAAUUGUUUCAAUUAUUUCAUUAAUGGUAUUCCAUGUGCUUCUAAUACCGUUUUUGUAUCAAUUAACUGAAAGAACAGACAGUUAAUGUUCCUCAUCAUCCUCACCAUUCAUAUUAUCAUUAUACUGUAUCUCAACCAGAAAGCCAGUUUUAUAUCAGCUGUUAUUCUGGUAGAAAAUCUUCCUCUAACAACACGUGGAGUCAGAAACAAAGUGGAGUCAACGCUCAAACGGUCUCACAGACCUCCAUCACCAGUCAGCAGCUCCAUCUUGUUGUGUCCAUUGCUGCGAUGAAAAGAUCGAUUAAAUUAUUUCUCAACGGAAUAUACUGCAUGACUAGAAUAUUUAAUACAGAUACUGUUUAUGGAAUAUUAUUUAAUUGUGUUUCAGUUUGGUGUCUGGCAUGUAAAAAGUUUAGAUUUCCAUUCCACCCCCCACCUGCCUGCCCGCUUGGCGCUGUGCCAGUACGCCUGCAGGAUAUGGAAGCAUAUUUAUUAGUCAUAGCACAUUUUCAUUUAUCGUGACGCUCCUGAUGCCAGCCAAUGGUUAUUCCUCGGGUCAACUGAUGCCAGUUCUGGUCUGUGUGUGUGUUUGUGUGUGACAGAGGAGAGUUAAUACAAACACAGAAGAUUCCUGACACUUGAAGUAUGGUUGAAAUGUAUUCAGACGUGUACAUGUAUGUGUCAUUUUUAACUUUUGUGUACUGUGUUUUUAUAUAACUGAUACCUCUUUGUACAAAACGAAAGUAUGGACAUUGUGUACUGUUGAUAAUAAAC